GCGAUCGAGCAGCGUGGUGCCAACUGCGAUGUUUGUGUCCAGCUCUUCAACUUUUGUGUAGAGAACGGACAUACGUCGGGUCAGGAGGGUUGCAAGAAGACGUGUGCGGAGCAUGUGUGUCAUUUGUUUCGACAUGAGGGGAAUGAGGUACGU